AUGGCAAGCGAAGCACUUGACUCCGCUACAGCGUACGGCUGCUUGGCUUUUGACGUCUUCCUCAUGCUCGAAGCAGCGUACUCGGCGCUGGCCGAGCCCUACGUGAACCAUCCUGGGCUGGACGGCAUGGUGGAUGAGGCGAGUCCACUCGACGAUCCGGGCCUAUAUGGCUCCUGCGAGGGCGACUGGAAGCGCCUCCUACUGCGCGUCCCGGAGUUGUGCGACACCGUACGGUUUUCCAUCGAAGAGGAGUAUGAGAACAACGAACGGUGGAUGGAAGAGGCUGAGGACGAGUUGGACAGGUUCUCGAGGAUGGCGGCAGCGACUGUUUUCGAGGUGGAUGCGGAGGCGUUGGAAGACGGCUGGCUCAAGUUGCUCCGGUUGGACUACCAUGGCGAGAGUCUGUGGCACAACAGGGUCAGGAGCGGGGACAUUCUCGAGUUUACUGGCGCGCGUGAGGCGCUUGUGUGA